AUGGAACUUUUCCACCUUGCCACACUCACUCCAUUAAACAUUUUUCAUUCGCUUUAUUGCCCUCUUGGGCUGUCACAAACAAGUGUGGCCAACUUCGGGCCACGCCCAUAUCAGCCCACACACGCCCAUAGACUUUCAAAUGCGCCGUAUACAAUAAGAAAACUAACGCCUUUGAGUUAA